CGUUACUUCCUCGACAUAAGCGUGGACUAGCAAAUGGGUCACAUGAUGGUAUGAAGAGAAUAUUCUACAAUGUAUUCCGGGAAGGCAGUCAAGUGAAUCAGAUUAUAUGCGCUUUCUUAAUUUGCAUACCUAUAUACGGGUACGGAACCUGUAUAGGAUGGAUGUCUCCGAUGACGCUUCUCUUACAGUCAGAGAAGUCUCCAAAGGGCGCGCCUCUCACUGACAACGAAAUUUCCUGGAUGGCCUCUUUGCCAUAUCUGAUCUGCGUUCCAGGAACGUAUCUCGUGGCAUGGUUAGGGGAUAAAUAUGGGAGAAAAAACGCCCUCCUCUUUAUGUCAGCAAUUAAUGCGAUAAUCUGGAUCCUCAAGCUGUGUUCCAUGAACAUAUGGGUUUUUAUUGUUGCGAGGAUCUUAGUCGGCAUCGUGAUGGCUGGAAGCUGCGUUACUUGUCCCACCUAUAUAAAAGAGAUCAGCGAUGAUAACAUCAGAGGGGCCUUAGGUUGUUGGGGUGCUCUAUUUUUCACUACAGGCAGUCUUUCUGCGUACAUUAUAGGAGAUAUGCUGAGUUAUGAGGUCAUCCUGAUUGUGUUCCUUGCAGUACCUUUGAUACAUUUCUUGGUUUUUCUAAUAAUGCCGGAGUCACCUUCAUUUCUUAUCAAAAAAGAAAAAGACCAGGAAGCGACAAAAGCGCUGGUUUGGCUCCGCUGUAGAAAGUCGAAUGAUGCUUUGAUACAGGAAGAAAUAAACACAAUUAAAAGAGAACAGAAAAAUGAUGAAGGAAAAGGAAAAUAUCUUAUGAAAAAUAUUUUAACUGACAAGAUACUAUUCAGAGCCUUCCAAAUAUCUCUAGUAGCAGCUCUGGCUAGGGAGUUAUGUGGUGCUGUACCUGUCUUGAAUUUUGCUGGGGACAUCUUCUCUUUAGCAUCAGAUGUAACAGGACUUGUUCUCAGUCCAAAUCAGCAGGCCAUGGUUUUGGGCGUGGUACAACUGUGUGGGGCGACCAUGGCUUCUGGUAUCGUUGAGAGGUGCGGUAGACGGCCUCUUCUUUUCAUAACAUGCAUCAUAUCUGGAAUCAGUAUGUGUAUUCUCGCGACCUGGUUCCUUCUCAAUGAGAUUAACAUCGCUGUACCAGCGUGGAUUCCUGUAUUGACACUGUGUGCGUGCAUCUUCUGUGACGCGGCUGGACUGAUGCCCAUAUCUGUGAUCAUUGCUGGAGAGACAUUCUCUUUUAAGUACCGUGGAACAGUAUUGGCGACUACAAUGGCAAUAGCAUCGGUGGCUGACUUCUUCCAGCUCUUAUUCUUCAAACCUCUAUCAAAAUCCAUAGGAAUAUAUGCAGCGUUUUACUUCUUCGGAGCGAUGUGCUUGAUCACCGCGUUAUACGUAAUUUUUGUUGUACCAGAAACUAGGAAUAGGCAGCUAGAAGAAAUUUACUAUGAUUUAAGAACUAAAAAGGAGAAAAGGGAAUUGCCGAAGUAGGCGAAUGGAGCGGCGUACUAAGUGAUUUGAUUGCUUAAAGACUUAACAAAAACGUAAAACGUGC